AUGGGGCUAAGGUUGCCAACUUCAACAGAUGUAAUGAGAUAUCCUCCUAAGGGUUGUGUGAUGAUAUUUUCGGCCAUGUACAAGUAUGGGCUGAGGCUACAAUUGCAUCCAUGGGUGCAGAUGAUGCUGGCGAAGUUGGGGUAUGCGUCAGGGCAAUAUAACCCCAAUUUCUGGAUCGUGCUACAUGAGGUGUAUACAACUUGGUUGUUGGCAAAGCUAGGGGAGCCAACCUUUGAGCAAUUCAUGCACUUAUACUCUGUCUCCAGACAAAAGGGCAAUUUUGGGUAG